UCGCCGUCAUGUUCCUCUACCGGCUCCUCAGCUUGUUCUUCGCGACCUCCAAGGAGGAGGAGGACCCCGCCUCCGGGUACGACCUGUCCCUGUACAAGAGGGGCGAUCUCCUGGAGGUACCCCGGACCCUCUUCACACACUUUGGCAUCUAUCUGGGCGACGGCCAGGUCGCCCACCUCAUCCCGGACAUUCUACCGGUUCUGACCCGCGACAAGGCGGCCGUGGCCGAGACGGUGACCAACAACCGGUUGCUUCUGGGCGUGGUGGCCAAGGUGGCCAGCGUCCGGGCGGACUCGCUGCGGGACUUUGCGUACGGAUCCCGGGUGCUGGUGAACCGAACGGACGCCGUGUGCAAGCAGCCGCCGCUGGACGCGGACGAGGUGGCCGGGAGAGCCGAGAAGCUGCUGGGCGCGGUGGCCUACAGCCUGCUGUGGUACAACUGCGAGCACUACGUCAUGUACUGCAGAUAUGGCAUGGCCAUCAGCUACCAGACGUACCAGUUCUGCACGACGGCGCGGAAGAUCGUGUGCAGCCGCACCAGCUCCUACGUUACGGCCUCGUGCGGCGCCGCCGUCCUGCUUUGCCUCGGCUGCGCCACGCCCGCCACCCUUUUGGGAACAAUGUUGCUGUCCUUCACCAUCUGGAUGGCAGCGUAGAACGGGCCUCCUCCUCGUUGUUUUGUGAACCCGACAUUUGGUUUUCGUUAACAACAUCAAAGAAAGUUUGAAGUUUUUCAACGUAAACGUCAAAUACCAUUUGGAAUCUUCAGUGAACCUAAAAAUCUGAAGACAAGUCAGUCUUUGGCAAACCUCGCAUCCGUAUUUUCGGAAACAUCAAAGACAAUUUCGAGACGUUUUUGUCAACGCCGAAUAGAAUUUCGUCUUCAUUUAACGUAACGUGUGUGUGUUAGGAAAUAUCCAAGACAUCUAAAAACACACCAUCAAAAAAGAUCCCCGAAUAUUCAAAGUCUUUUCAGCUCUCAUUUUGUCCGUGAUUCAUCAUCAAUGACAGCAGCCUUCAUUUGACAGAUUCCUUCCAAAUAUUACGAUGAAAGCACGUUUCAAGGGCCGGCCUAAAAUAAGCGCUUUUGUUAUUGUCGAUUUAGUGUUUAGUGUGUUCUGUUAACAUCAAGUGAAUUUAGUUUUUUCCCAGAAGUACGUAUGACUCCUCUGUACCUUGAUUCGUCAUGUAUCAUGAUUUGAGUACAUUUACUCUAUGUUAUCGACAUAUUUUUUUUUUGUUUCCGUAUUGUUUAUUUUAUUAUGAUGAUGUAUUAUUUUGUCAUUGUAUUCAUAUUUUAUGAUUGAUUCCAUUUUUUAUAUGACAUAUUCAUAUAUUAAUACAUAUACAUGUAGAGUACACAUGACUUAGAAAGAUUUAAAUAUUGUGAUACAUAAGUUAAAAUAAAAAUGUAUCUUAUUUGGGCAUCAAUAUUUUUAAGUAAGAUUUAUUUUACAGAAAUAUAAAAAAUAAGCUAUAUGCAGAAUAUCUUUCCUUUUUUAUAGUUUCACUUUUCCUAAUGUAGGUGUUAGAGCGCCGCCUGUAGUUUUAUUUGUAAAUUGUUUUAUAUUUGCCGCAAAUGCCUAAUGUCAUUUAAAAAAAUGUUUGUAUGAGUUGUUGUUUGUGUUUUUUUAAUGUUACAAAUUGCCAAAAUAGAAAGACAAGGGUUAUAGUACCACCUGCUGGUUUGGCGUGUUCCUGACAGCCUAAAAUAGCCUUUCAAUGCAAAAUACAUGAAUACAUAAAUAACUAACUAAAUAACUAAAUAAAAGAUGUAUUUUUCGGAGGUCACUGUAAAGACAAUUCCCGUUCUCGUGAGAAAAAUCUUGUCGUCCCAUGGUACCGUUUUUAUUUAUGAUUCUGGGCCCAUUAAAAAUGCAUUUCUACCCGCUUAUCUUGAUUUGUUUUGACUCAGUCCAAGUCAAUCCCUACCGUGUCAAAGAUUAAAUAGUGAACGUUUUUACCACA